UUUGAUUUUGCGCGCUCUAUUUGGAGAUGAAGUUACUUUCGGACGUGGUGCUUCGGAGUUUUUGUGGCGUAUUGUUUUCUAGCACCUGAUAUCAGUUUACGUACCGUAUCAAACAAUGAAAUUUUAAGAAUGUAUCAAAGUAAACUAGAAUGACGCGCAUUUGUUGUACAUUUUGUGAUAUGUGCUUCGGAAAACCAUCUCGACUUGAGGCACAUCUGAGAAUCCACACUGGAGAGCGUCCAUAUGUGUGUAUUUGUGGUAAAAACUAUACACGGAAACAACAUUUAACUCGUCACGCUUCAAAAUGUCCCAAAACUAUUCCAGAAAACAACUUAUCUAAUCAAAAGGAGCCAGUAAGAGUCGAAAAAACCUAUUCGUGUUCACAAUGUUCUGCUGGACCUUUUCAAAAAAAGAAAAUGGUAUCGGCUCAUAUGGCUGUAGUUCAUGGCGAACGGAAGCAUGUAUGUGACAAAUGUGAUCGAGCGUUUCCUACGGCAUCUAAGCUUAAACGUCAUUCAUCAAAACAUCAUGGUUACACAUGUAAGCUGUGCUCUGAACAACUAUCUGAAAACCCUGAAGACGAAAAAUCAGUUGCUCUCAAACCCAUUCAAUUUGAAAGUUUUGCGUGUUUGAGACGCCAUAUUGCUGAAGCUCACCCCAAAACACCUUUGCAAUGUCCUACUUGUAAUAUGCGUUUUACAAGACCUGCUGCACUAGCAGAACACAAAUCUACACAUACCCCUGGUGGACCGUUUGUAAGACGACGUUUUAUUUGUCCUUUAUGCUCACCUGAUGUUAUGGGUGAUAAAGAUAAUUCCAACUCACAAGAAAAAGAUUGUCUUGUUGCAUUUACAGCCAAAAGAAAUUUAGAUGCUCAUAUGCGUUUAGUGCAUGCUAACCUUAAGUUUCCAUGUACAUGGCGUGGAUGUCCUGUUCUUUUGUCUACCAAAGUAAGUAGACAUCUAGUAUAUUUUUAGCAGUAACAUGUGUUUGCCUAUUAGCUUGAUACAUAGGAAUAUUUUAGUGACAAAAUAUAUUGUCAUACAAAAUUAUUAUCUGUUAACGUCUAUUACUAAAUCAUAUGUUAUUUCAUCAACUGCUUGUCCUUUAUUUUUAUUUGUCUUGAGAAAUGAUUGGCUAGUGUGCCAAGAUAGAUACGUUCGGCGAUAGGAAUGUCAGUAAAUAUGUGAUACAUAACUUUGUAUUUGUAUCUAACACUGUAUUUUACUGCCCUGGAUUUCAUUGGAUGUUGUACUGAUUUUCACUUUGCUAAUAAGACACUGUAUGCCUCGUGACUAGUUCUCAAUCGUCCGUUGGAUACUUUGUGACUUGAAGCACCAUUUGAUCUAGUUUUUGAUCUUAUGUAUUUUUUCGAUGAUUCUAUUAACUGUUAUAUAGCCUACCAAGUCGUACUGUCUGCUGUCAAUUGCAUGAAUGCGGAAUCCAGUUUAUCGACCAAAAACUGAAUGAACAUAUGGAACGUCAUCGACUAGGCAAGUCAGUUGCUUUCAAAAGCCGAAAUAGACGUAAUUCACAUCAUGUUUCAAGUAGAAAAUUUAAUGAUAAUAAAAAUUUAUUAAUGAAUAAUAAUGAAGAUUAUUGGGAAACAGCUAGUCAAAAUAGCAUUAUAGCACUGUUAAGUGAUGUAAUUGAUUGUUCAGCUAAUCAAAUUUAUUAAUUUUUUAUGAAGUUAGUUACAUUAUUGUAUAUAAUACUAUUUCGAAUUGAAUAGAACAAGAAGAAAGGAAAACAGAUAUGUAAUUAAAAAUUUACAGAGUAUUUAUAUAUUUUGUUUCUAUUUACAUAUAUUUUCAAAUUAACAAAGUGUAUCAAAUGAUACGGAAAAUAAUAAUAAACAUUUAUAUUAUACUA